AAGAUCCUGAGAAGAUUAGAGUCCUGGAUCAGAUCUGCGCUGGAUCAGAUCAGGAUGGAGGAGUUUUCUGUUGGGUAUAAAAGGAUGGGGCUGGAGGGCGGAUGGAGGAAUUCAGUGAAAGAUCGUCUGAAGGGAAAUCAGAAGCUCCUCCUUCUGGUUUCCACAGCUUUGAUCAUCUUCAUUCUGUUUGUUAUGCUCUUUGUGAUUUUUGGGUAUCAGGAGAGGAGGUUUGCUGGGAUGGAGAGCUUCAUGAUCCGCCACGAUUCUUCUCUGAACUCUGUGAACUCUGAGCUGAAGUUAAAACUGCAGGAUACAGGUUCUGAUCUGGAGAAGAUGAUGAGUGAACUGAAGAAGACUGUUUCUGGUUUGAGCUCAUAUGUAGAUCUGUAUAACUCCAGAAUACAGACCCAGUUCAGCAGCGGAGCUCAGGUGAAGAAGUUAACGGAUCUUCAGACUUUAAUAAAUAACCUCGGCUCCUCCCUCGGAUCCAUCUCUUCCAAACUCGAGAACCAGCAGAAGGAAACAGCCGGUCGGCAGAGCGGUCAGUACACAGAGCUGAAGGGAUUCCUGAACCGGAUAAACUCUUCUGUAUCAGAGCUGGCAGAGAAACUACAGGAAAACGUGAAGCAGCAGGAUCUGGGUGUAGUUGGAGAUUCUCUGGCUGCUCUGAAUUUUUCUUUGGCGUCUUUUAAAUCUGAACAGCUGAAGCGAAAUCAGGACUCUGAUCAGAGAGUGAUGAACACUCUGAAUGAAAUUAAGAUAAAACUGGAAAACAAAAGUAAAGAUGCAGAAGUUUAUAACAGGACGCUGAUGGAGAUGAGACAUUUGGCUUCUUCUCUGGAGUCUUUGUCCACUCAGCUUCAGAGCACAGAUCAGAAAGUGAUGACUGCUCUAAAUGAAAUGAAGGCAAAGCGGGAGAUCCCCAUUAAACCAGCAGCUGUAUCCAGCUGUAAAUCUGGUUGGACGUCGUUUGGAUCCAGAUGUUACUUCUUCUCCAGUGAUCAGCUGAACUGGCACCAGGCUCGGGAUUACUGCAGAUCCCAGAAUUCCUUUCUGCUCACAGUGGAAAGUGAUGAAGAACUGAUGUUUGUUCUGACCCGUACGGCGAUGGAGUAUUCCUGGGUGGGUCUGACGGAUGAGAACACAGGACAGUGGAGAUGGGACGACGGGACGCCCUACACCAUGAAUAAAGAGGACUGGAGUCCCGGACAGCCGGACGACUGGACGGAUCACGGUUUGGGACCGGAGGGGGAAGACUGUGCUCACAUCCUGAACAACGGGAAAUUUAACGAUUCGCACUGUUCAAUAAGACUGAAAUACACCUGCAAGACCAAGACCGGAUAAAAUACUCAAACUUCCACAGCGUUCCAACAACAUUCCCACAGCGAUCCUAUAGCAUUCCCACACCGUUCCCUACAGUGUUUCCCAGGCUUUCCAACAGCAUUCCUACAGCUUCCCCACAGCGACCUUAUAACGUUCCCUACAGCAUUCCCUACAGCAUUCCCACACCGUUCCCUACAGCAUUCCCUAGUGUUCUCACAGCAUUCCCUACAGCAUUCCCUACAGCAUUCCCAAACCGUUCCCUACAGCGUUCCCUACAGCAUUCCCACACCGUUCCCUACAGCGUUCCCUACAGCGUUCCCACAGCAUUCCCUACAGCGUUCCAACACCGUUCCCUACAGCGUUCCCUACAGCGUUCCCUACAGCAUUCCCUAAAGUGUUCCCAACAGCAUUCCCUACAGCGUUCCCUACAGCAUUCCCUACAGCGUUCCCUACAGUGUUCCCACAGCAUUCCCACACUGUUCCCUACAGCGUUCCCUACAGCAUUCCCUAAAGUGUUCCCCACAGCGUUCCCCACAGCGUUCCCCACAGCGUUCCCUACAGCGUUCCCUACAGCGUUCCCUACAGUGUUCCCACAGCAUUCCCACACUGUUCCCUACAGUGUUCCCAACAGCAUUCCCAAAAGUGUUCCCACAGCAUUCCCUACAGUGUUCCCUACAGCAUUCCCUAAAGCGUUCCCACAGCAUUCCCUACAGUGUUCCCUACAGCAUUCCCUAAAGCGUUCCCUACAGCGUUCCCUACAGCGUUCCCUACAGCGUUCCCUACAGUUUUCCCACACCAUUCCAGAACCUGAUCAGAUCAGUCUUUGAUAUGUAAUGAGAUUUUAUAAGAAAUGUAACUACUGAAUCUGUAUUUUGUAUAUUUUAAUUAAAUGUAUUUGACUUUUAAUAAACUUGCAUUAAUGAUGUAAAA